AUGAAACGACCGACAAAGACACUGAAGUUUGCAGAGCUCCAAGCAUGGCGUCAAGACAAUCCGUAUAUUCUCACGGGGUAUCGGCCUAAUUUACCAAGUAUGGUGGCCUGCCUCAAGUCGAUCUUUGGCUACUUUCACAAUGAAACAGUGAACAUCCACACCCAUCUAUGGGGGGCUGUCUUAUUUUGCCUUCUGAUAUUUUCAUUAAGCAAACCGUCACAAUACAUACCAUGGGGAAUCCGAAGCCUCGUGGACGGUACCAGCCUCUCAAGCUCGGUCACUUGGAAAGACACAUUCGUCUUUGGCACGUUCUUCCUCAGCGGAAUGUCUUGCCUCGGUUUCAGUGCACUAUUUCAUACGUUUUCUUGUCAUAGCCAUAAAGUUUGCUCCACCUUUGGGCGGCUGGAUUACAUUGGGAUCGUUUGGUUAACCGUUGGCUCAUUCUAUCCAUCUAUAUAUUAUGGCUUUUUCUGUCAUGGAAAAGUAAUUGCAACUUACUUAAUUAUGAUAACCACUUUGGGUGCUUUCGCCACCUACACAGUCGUCUCUCCUGCUUAUCGCUCCAACAGUGGUCGCCGUGAUCGGACGAUUAUGGUUAUUGCCUUAGGUCUAAGUGGUAUCUUUCCCAGUAACACACCGGGAUUAUUUCACAUGCCAAUAGAGUUGGGUUGUGGUGGCUUCUUGGCUCAGGGGCAAACGUACAUCCUUGGGGCCGUAUUUUAUGCCGAACGAUUUCCUGAACGGCUGAUUCCAGGAAAGUUUGACCUCAUGGGCUCCAGUCACCAGAUUUUUCACACCCUGAUCCUCAUGGCUGCUGGAAUGCAUUACUUGUCGGUCUUGAAGGCAUUCAAGUUCGCCCACGAUCCGAGCAACUCUAGUUGUCUGUUGUAA